UUCAAAAAGUUGAAAACAGGACGUGUCCGGUUUUGCACGGCUCUAAGUAAAUAUUCGUCCCAGUGAUGUCCUGCUGCAUUCCCGGAUGUAUCAAUCUCCUGCAGGAGUACACAACCGAGUUUCCGCUUGACAGAGAGCUUGCGGCACGCUGGAAGAACGCCAUUGAAGUAGGAACCGGUAAAAGUCUGCCACCGGAAUUCGGAUCCAGUGGAGCGGUGGUCUGCAAUAUGCAUUUCGGGGAGGAUCAGCUAAAGGAAGGUUCGCUUGAUGAUCGGACAGACUAUCGGGAGCCGACCAUAUUUAUAAGCAAUAACAUUUUAACGCAAGUUGCCACCUGUCGAUUAUGUCUGCAGCUCUGUAGGAUGUGCAACAUGAUCGACCACCACACUGUGAUGAUGCGGAAGUUUCCAGUUCUGAGUGUAGCAAAGCGGUACUUUAAGCUCUCAAGAUCUCCCAGCGAAAAGGCGUUGUCUUAUUUUUGCCAACGCUGUUUCGAUCGAUUACAAGUAGUCCAUAGUUUCGGGUUGGAACUUGAAAGUAACGCAAAGAAACACAAGCGAUUACGAUACAAAAUGGGCAAAGAAAAGGUGGUGUUCAAAAAUACUGGCUCAGUUAAUAUUUUGAAUAUGUCUAGAGGCGAACAUGACGACGGCGAGGACGAUGACGUGAUUGAAAUCGAGGAUGACAUAGUUAAAGAUGAACCUCUAUUAGUCGAUGAUCCGGAAGAAGUAUGUGAUUCGCCAGUUCCGGUUGACGACAGCAGUGAAAUGGAACCAGCUAGCGUUCCCAAUUUGUACAUAGGGACGUACAAGUGCUUCAUCUGUAGCAUUACUAUGGACUCAAAAGAAGCUCGUGAUCGUCAUUUGUACGUUGACCAUGCCGCCCAAGAGGAAGGUUAUUUUUGUGAGGAUUGUAGUAUGUCGUUCGACAGUAUCGUCAUUUAUAAUGUGCACCUAGCGAAACACGAUCCAUGCAGGCCUUUAAAGUGUAGCCGAUGCACGCAGCGAUUUUGGAAGAAUAUAGCUCUAAUAAAACAUGAAGCUCAGCAUUCGAAAACAAAUGAAUUGAAAAGGGCUAAGAAAAAAAUGUCAACAAACAAAGGAAAGGCAAACAAACAAUUGUUGAUUUCGAAACCCGUCGGCCCAGUAUCAUCCAACUAUCCGCAGCAAACGGUGCGAGCCGCUGUUGAAAAGGUUCUUGCUGGAGGAACAGUCGUUCGGGUAGCCAAAGAGUACAGCGUAACUCCAUGGGUCCUUGCACGAUGGGUAAAAAUCCAUAAAAAUAACGAAACUCAACUGGAGAUGACGCGUCUUCGUAACGAAGCUGUUACCAAAGUGUUCCCAGAUGAUCUAGAAUUGAAUCUGGUGUCAACCAUAAUCGAAUAUGUGAGCACCGUGCACGAUUUGCCCGAUGUAGAAGUUCGAAAGUUGGCCUACGAAAUGGCAACCAUGAACAAUCUAAAUGUUCCGAAGGACUGGAAAAAGGAACGAAAGGCAAGUGAAGAGUGGAUGAGUGAUUUUCUUGAACGGCAUCCUCAUUUGCUAGUUUGGAUAUCCGACGGUAGCAAUACAAAUCCUUUCAGUCUGGAACAAGCUCAAAAGUUUUUCGAUUUGAUGGAUAGUAUUGUCCAGGCCCAUCCGCAAUUUGCUGAUGGCAUGAGAAUUUUUAAUUUAGAAGAAAUCGCUAAAAACGUUUCGCACAAGUUGACAGAGCGAAAGAAGGUGACUACGUUUGUGAUUGUCAACGCGUUGGGAAAUACAUGCCCUCCCGUCAUGAUAUUCCAAUGUGCUGGACUUAGUGAGGACAUGCUGAAGGGGGCUCCUGUUGGAACAUUGGCUCUGGCAACGUCUACCGGAAUCAAAGAGGAGCUUUUCACGGAAGUACUGCUGCACUUUAUCCGCAAUUCUCAAUCGUCCAAAGAAAAUCCUUCGCUUUUGCUGUUCAAAAACUUUAGCAAUUAUUACACAGCUGACAAUCGAAAAUUAAUGCAUGACAAUGGAGUGACCACGAUUACCGCUCAAGAAUUCAAUUACAUGCUGCAGCCACUGAAGAAUGGCAUAAUGCGUGUUUUCGACGAUGCAUACCGGAAAGCGGUAGAUACGUGGCAAAGUGAUCAUCCGGAUCAAACCUUCGAUUUGGGAAACGUGGCGGAGUGUGUCAGUGUGGCGUACAAGGAAAGUUUCACACCAGAUAAUAUAGUAGUUUGCUUUCGCCGUUCCGGCAUAUUUCCAUUCGAUCGGCAAUGUUUCGCGGAGGCUUGUUCCCAAUCGUCGUCGAUGUCCGGAAUCGUUGGAGCUGCAGACGCUGGACAGGAGCAGGGUACCGAUAGUAACGCUGUCGAGCCAAUCGCUGAGGUGAAAUUGGAAACUGAUGAAGAUUUGUGUGUUUCAGAGGAUUCUAAUCCGUUAGUAUUUUUGUAGAGUGGUGUGUAGCGAAGUGUCAGUUAAAGUUCUGUUUAGAAUGCUUCAUUUACUGUGGUAAUAUAAAAUUAUUCGGUAGUAUCCCUUAAGAAAUGUUUCGAUCAGCGCCAAACUUCAUCGAGUGUUCUGUUUCUGUAUGUACUCCUACCUAGAUUAAUUAUUAAUUAGUUUAGUUUUUUUAAUUUCCGUAUCAGAAUUGAGUCCUUUAUGAGUCUUUUUAUUUGACCCGAUUCAAUGCGAAGCGUGGACCUUUAAUAUAUGUAUUUACAAUGAA